UAUAUACUCUUGUAUAAUGCAGAACAUUUCGAACGUCAUCGCUGAGAGUAAAUGCAUCCGGCAAAUACACCAAAAAAUCUGUGUCACUAAAGGCUUUAUUACGUCGCGAAUGAAGGGAAGUCACUCUUUCGAUAUAAAUAAUGUUUACUUUUUACGAUUUUGGAAGAUUUUAUUUUUUGGAAUUGGGAAAAAUGCAAUCAAAAUUCGAUUGGGAACGAGUCCGUUUGCUUUGGGAAUGCCUCCGUUUCCCGGAGACGCAGACAGUACUGAAAAACCCCUGCCAGCAGUGCAUGACAGAGGCCGGUCACUCCCAUUAAGUCCAGCUGAAGAGCCUUCCCAAAGACAGUUCAUAGGACAAAAUGCAGUUACACAGAUUUUAACGGUGUUGAAAACAAUGAGAGACGAGAACAGGGAAAUGAAGCGGAUGCUGCAGCGGCUCUUGGCUAGGUCAGCUACUGAUGACGAGCCAAUGCAACUGCCAGAGAACAUCAGUCUUCCAAUUGGAACAUUUGAGCAAAUGGAUGAGUUUGAAGAGCAUCUUGGUGAUGAAGCUACGAUCCAUCUUUUCUAGGACUGCUGCAUAGUUCAAGCUUUUUUAUCUAAUAUAUUAAGCAUUGUUGUAAAUGUUAUUGACAGUUUUUUCUCCAUUGAUCCUAAACCAUUCCUUUAAGGCUCAUCUUCUAAGAAAGCAUACAAUCUUUUUUAUCUGGAAAUGAAAUGGUAUAUAUUCCUUUGCAAAAGAAGAAACAGCAUUCCAGUUUUUGAAGGUUUUAAAAGACAUAUAUAUAUAUAUAAAGAUAUAUAUAUAUAUAUCAUGUGCAAUUACGAAAAACACUAGAAUGUAUGAAGAUAUCAAAGAUAAUAAUAUGGACUUGUUCUCGAAAAAGGAUUUGCCAUUUAUUUGAGUUUUUGAUUU